AUGGCGCCUCUCUCUUGUUUGGCCGGACCUGACAAGCAGAGCAGGAGCAAGACGGAUGUCAAGUCUGACCUGGAUACCCUCUCCGCACUGGAUGCCAUCUUUUCCGACAGUGGGUACGAAAGUGGCUCCGUCAGCGAGGGCGAAGACGACGACGAGGGCCAACUCCCCCCUGAACACUACCUGGCCUUAGCAGAGAGUCUUGAUGUCUCCCAGCUUCGACAGAAGCGGUACAGCCCCAAAACCCAGGAAAAACUCGAUGAGAUCUGUGAUUACUGGGAGAGAGGAGACAGUUUGCUUCCUGAAACAGCAUCUGGACUUGGCAAAGAUACAAUUGUCAAGGUGGAAGAUAUUGUUGCACGGGUGGCCACAGAAAAAAUGCUGGUGUUUGUUGAGUGGUCAAAGAAGAACAUGUAUAUUGAAGACAUUGCUGAGUUUGCUCAAAGUGUUCUCAUCACUACUGAGAUGACAUUUACUGAGCAGACGCUCACUGAAUUUAAGAUUGUCUUGAAGAAGAUGAUGAAAGCAUCUGUGAAUGUCAUACUCCAACACAUGGAUAUCCGCACCUUUGUCAAGCAUUAUCAGGUGGACGUUGACAUGGAUGCGCAGGGUAUAGUCCGGAAAACAGGCUCCCAAACAGCGUUGGUGCGAUUUGCCUGCUCAAUGAAGGAAUCGCGGUCACUCAAUUCCCUCCCAGUUGUCCUUGGCCGGCAGGCUACUGUCCGGAAGCGCAAGCGGGAUUUGGAGGAUCGCGAAGCUGAGCUAGAGCGUGCCAACAAGGUAUGCAAGACUGCUUUCGGGCACCUUGACGACAGAGUACUCGCUGAGUCCAACCCGGAGGUCCUGGAGAAACUGGAGAUUUUCUGUGAUCGGGUAGCAGAAGCAAAGUCGGAGCACAACAGGUCUAUCUGUGAGCUGCGUAAUGAGAAGCAGCAGCAGCGGAACCGACGGAUCUGUGAGAACCUUGAGCGCUAUAAGAAUGAGCAGCCUGUGAUUGACCUUGAACGACAACUGGCUGGGAAGCUGGUGGAUACCAAAGUCAUGGACACCUUCGAGCACGAGGCCUUCAUGCCUCCCGAGCACCUGUUGUUUGUUGACAGCAUGCUGACCAUGCCAGGUGCCUGCCUUGAAGCAGAGUAUCAGCAGCGGAUCAACACAAUCAACGCGGGUGUUGCAUUCUGCGGCAUGGAGGAAGGGCGACCAUCGCGUCGGUCCACCCAGUCCCGCAGCCGGCCAGUGCCCGAUGAUGACAAUCCCUCCCCUCCGGCCAAGCGGCAGCGGCGCUCCGAGGAUGACACUGAGUUCCUUUUGCGCCAAGCAAUCGAGUCGGUGCAGGUCAAGUCUACAGCUAAUCAGUCCCAGGCCUGCUUUCGGCCUCGCGUUUGCUUUCUAUGCGUUGGGAAUCCUAGUUGCUCAUUGAAGGACCGUAUUAUGAAAUACGCAACACCCGGAUCACUUACAAGGCAUUUUCAACGAAGACAUAUCAACCCUCCAUGGCCGGCCACUGGGGUUGAGUGCAAUUUGUUCGGGGUCACGCUCAGGAGAAACUAG